GCAAUCAUAUAUGUUAUCCAAAGAGUAUUAUACUUCAAUAGUUGAGAUGUUAUCCAAAGAGUAUUAUUCUUCGCGCCUGCUGCUGGCGCAGCCGCAACUUGGUUCUGUUCUGUCGGCACAUGACACGAGCUGAGCUAGUGUUCCUGAAACUGAAAGAUAACGUAUGGUAAACCCUCUUUGCUUGCUAUAAAUUCCCGUCAUCGCGUCCCUGAAUCCUCGCAUUCAACGAACAACGACUACUCUUGACUCCACUCAGGAGCAGAGCAUGGCAGUCAAUCACAAACUCAGCGCCCUCCUCGUGGCCACGGCGUUGCCGCUGCUCCUUCUCUCCACUGCAGGUAAUACGACGAUUUGGAAACAAAUUUUAGCUAUACUUCUGGCUUCCGGUGAAUGCAGAUGGGCAGCAACUUCAGCGAUGUUGAUUUUCUUGCUCGUCAAUGCAGAUGCGGGCGAGAUUGGGGUGUGCUACGGGAGGGAUGCGAGCAAUCUGAUCGAUCCGCCGGAAGUGGUGAAGCUUCUGAACGCGAACAGCAUCACGAUGGUGAGGAUCUAUGACACUGACCCGACGGUGCUCAACGCUCUCGCUAACACAGGCAUCAAGGUGAUGGUGAUGCUACCUAACAAGGAUCUUGCUUCCGCUGGUGCGGAUGUGGGGAGCGCAACCAACUGGGUGAAGAACAACGUGGUGCCGUACCUCAACCAGGGCACGCUGAUCAAUGGCGUGGCCGUGGGAAACGAGGUGUUCAAACAACAACCUGAACUGACUGGUAUGCUUGUCUCGGCCAUGCAAAAUGUGCAAAUGGCGUUAGCGAACCUGAACCUGGCGGAUGGCAUAAAGGUGUCGACGCCGAUUGCAUUCGAUGCACUCGAUGUGUCGUUCCCGCCAUCAGAUGGGAGGUUCAAGGACAGCAUCGCGCAGUCGGUGAUGAAGCCCAUGAUCGACUUCUUGGUACGGACUGGCUCAUACCUCUUGGUAAAUCUUUACCCUAUGUACGCUGCGGCGGAUCCGUCGACCCACAUCUCUAUCGAGUACGCAACGUUCCGUCCUAAUAGUGGUGUGCUCGACGAAAAAACCGGCAUCAUGUAUUUCAGCCUCUUUGAUGCUGAGCUCGAUGCUGUUUACGCCGCAAUAAGUAAAGUUUCCGGUGGUAGCUUGAGGGCAUCAUUGGCCCAAGGAGAUCAAAUGUUAGUUCAAGUUGCAGAAACAGGGCAUUCCUCUGGAAAUACAUUUGGUGGGCCAGUGGUCGUUGAAGCUGACGCGGAUUUGAAUGCAAUAGCUACAAUACCCAAUGCCAAAGCGUACAACAAUGGUCUUAUCAGACGUGUGCUCUCCGGAUCCCCAGGUAAGCACGACGUCUCUGCCUACAUCUUCUCUCUUUUCAACGAGAACUUGAAGCCUGGGCCAGCCACGGAGGGACACUUUGGCCUAUUCUACCCAAACGGCCAGCAGGUGUAUGAGGUCAACUUUCAAGGUGGUAGAAGUCCCUGUCCAACGAAUGCAAGCUGGUGUGUGGCGAACCCGAAUGUUGAUAAUGCGGCAUUACAGAGAGCGUUGGACUGGGCGUGCAAUAAUGGCGCAGACUGCAGCGCUAUCCAGCUGGGCAAAGCAUGCUAUGAGCCGAACACCUUAGUUGCACAUGCAUCUUACGCAUUCAAUGAUUACUACCAACGCAAGGGCCAGGCUAGCGGCACGUGCAACUUCAAUGGUGUCGCUUUCAUCGUCUACAAGCCAUCACCAAGCAUCUGCGAUCCGAACCCAAGUUGGUGCGUUGCGAAAGAUAGUGUCGGGGAAGCACAACUACAGAAUGCACUAGACUACGCGUGCGGUAGUUGUGCCGACUGCAGCGCCAUACAGCGCGGUGCACAGUGCUUUAAUCCGGACACCAAAGUGGCUCACGCAACCUAUGCAUUCAACGACUAUUACCAGACAGCCGGUCGGGCCAGUGGCUCGUGUGACUUUGCCGGUGCCGCAACCAUUGUCACACAACAACCAAAGAUUGGAAACUGCCUACUCCCACCAAACAACGCUUGAUCAGAACAAACUGUCUAGGAAGACCAAAAGCUAGCCUAGCUAGCUACCAAAGGCAGUGAGGAUGGGAUUAAAGAAUAAUUCCAUAUUCUUCUACAGAGAAAAUAAGGAUUAAACUUUUUGUAUUUCCCGUUGGAAAUUUUAAAUAAAUAAAUGUACUGUUUGCUCCUGUUGAAUGAAAUUCCGCAGUUACUUGUUUCAGAAAAAAUAAAUGUACAUCAAACUCCUUCAGCAACGGAAAACACAGCAGUGCAAAUGUACUGAUGUGUCCAAGGCGUUUCC